AUGGUGUUGUCUUGGACUAGAAGAAACAUUUUUCGUCUUGUCAAGAAGGAGAAGAGACAGACUCAAGGUGGUGGUUUUGGUGGUGAGUUGGAGGUGGAGGUUGUGAUCCCCAACCACUUUCAGUGUCCGGUGAGUUUAGAGUUGAUGACUGACCCGGUGGCUUUAUCAACUGGCAUCACCUACGACAGGGUGAGCAUUGAAAAGUGGAUUGAGGGAGGUAACAAGACCUGCCCCGUCACCAACCAGGUGCUCACAACCUUUGAUAGCAUCCCCAACCAUGCCAUUCGUAGGAUGAUUCAGGAUUGGUGUGUUGAAAAUAAUUCUUAUGGGAUUGAAAGGAUCCCCACUCCUCGGAUUCCUCUCUCCAACUACGAGAUUUCUCAGACAUGUACGAGGAUCUUGGCGGCUUGUCAGCGUGGGGAUGAUAAAAAGUGCCAGGAGUUGGUUGGAAAGAUUAAGGUUUGGGGGAGAGAGAGUGAGAGGAACAAGAGGUGCAUAAUUGGGAAUCAUGCUAGUACUAAUCCUGGUGUUGGUGCAGUUCUUACAAAUGCCUUUGAUUGUUUCUCAAGUGGUGACUCUUUUGACAAGCAUGUGGCUGUUUUGGAGGAGAUUUUGGAGGUGUUGACAUGGAUGACCCCACUUGAGGAAGAGAGUGUACCUAAAUUAAGUUCAAAAGCCUCAUUGAAUUGCAUGGUUUGGUUUCUAGAGGGAAAAGACCUUGCAUCAAGGCAAAGUGCUGCUUUGUUGCUCAGGCAAGUGCGUGUUCAAGAAUUGGCCAAAGUUGGAAAAGUUGUUGAAGCUUUGGUUAACAUGAUUAGGGAACCUAUUGGGAGUACUUCCACCAAGGCUUGUUUGGCAACAAUUUUUAACUUAGUGUCAUCGACUGAGAAUAGAGGGGAAAUUGCUCAAAGAUUUGUGGAGUUGGGUUUGGUUUCACUUUUGCUAGAGGCUAUUGUUGAUGGAGAGAAAGGGGUGUGUGAGAAGGCACUUGGGGUGUUGGAUUGCAUUUGUGAUACCCAAAAGGGGAAGGAGGUUGUUAAUAAUAAUGCUCUUACUCUGCCUCUUGUCAUUAAGAAGCUUUUGAGGGUGUCACCAUUGGCUUCAAGUUUUGCUGUCUCUAUUCUUAGGAAGAAUUGUGACAAGAAUGAGGAAGGGGUUCUGAUUGAUGCAGUUCAUGUAGGGGCUUUUCAAAAGCUCUUGGUUUUGCUACAGGUUGGUUGUGAUGAGAGCACAAAGGAGAAUGCUACAGAGUUGUUGAAACUGUUGAACGGUUAUAGGAACAAAGCGGAGUGCACUGACUCAUCAUUGGAUUUCAAAUAUCUUAAGAAGUCAUUCUGA